AUGAUGCUCCUUCGAAGCCAGGCGAAGAAUAUAGACCCGGCUGCGCCAGCAGAUCCUGCCAAAAACCACAAACGAAAGCAGACGGAGCAACUUGGUGCGCUCAAGAACCCAACGGAACCAGCCGCCAAGAAACAACACAGCAAGGGACUGACAGAGCUGCGAGCACACAUCUCGGGCUUCCAAAUAGACUCGGCAAAGCGAGACCCACGUGAUCCACUCGGCGCAAAGUCAUCCAAAGAGGACGCCGAGAACAUCGCCCCGGUGCCAGCCAAGGCGGAGUACGUCGAUCCGUGUCCCCACUACGACUAUGACGCCGAGGAGGCCGCGAAUCCGGAGAGCGUUUCCGAAUACGCUCCGGAGAUUUUCGACUACUACAAGGCGCGUGAGAAGAUGUUUCAAGUCGCCUCCUAUAUGCAUAAGCAUCCGGAGAUUGAUGUGAAGACGCGUGCGAUACUUGUUGAUUGGAUGGUCGAGAUUCAGGAGACUUUUGAGUUGAAUCAUGAGACUCUUUAUAACGCUGUCAAGCUCACUGAUAUGUUCUUGCAUAACAGCAGAAAUAUUGAUAAGAGCACCAUUCAGAAACUCGCCUGUGUGACCAUCUUCAUCGCCGCCAAGUUCGAUGAACGCUCACCACCACUCGUCGACGAUCUUAUCUACCUCUCGGGAGACCGUUUCACUCGUGAAGAGCUUCUCGCCAUGGAGCGCAACCUCUUCUCCACCGUCGGCUACGAUCUCGGCUCACCACUCAGCUACCGCUAUCUUCGUCGUCUCGGACGCGUCUGUCGCAUCGACAUGAAGUCGUUGACGAUGGCUCGCUACAUUCUCGAGACUUCGUUGAUGGUGUACGACUACGCGUUCGUGUCGCAAGCUCGUCAAGCCGCCGCCGCAUUCGUGUUGGCCAUGCGUAUGCUCGAUGCGAACCACGAAUACGAGUGGAAUCCGGUUCUCCAGAAGUACUCUGGAUUCACUGGCGAGGAGAUCGCACCGCUCGUUGAGCACAUGAACCACAUCAUGCAUUUCGUCAAUGCCAAGUGGACUCAGCUCGCUAGCGUUCGUCAGAAGUACUCUCAUGAAGUCUUCUUCCACGUCGCUAAGGUUCCAUUCCUGCCGGACACUCUCCGAGGAGUCGAUGAGCACACUUACGCUCCACUGCCAGUCCUCAGCUACCCAUAA